CAGGAAGGAAGAAAAGAAGAAUUCAUUAAGGUAAGGGAAGAAGGGGGUUGGGGAGAUGCCAUACAAUUGUGAAUCGUCUCCCUCUCCCCAUUAUUCCCUUGCCUUUUCGUUCUGGCAUUAAUGCAAAUAGAUUAUGGACAUCGAAGCUGUAUUUAUCACAGCUGCAUCGUUCUUUAGAACCUAAAAGCUCUGUGAGAUUUUCGGUGUGUGGGAUUUGAGUUCUGAGCUAUGGCGGUUUGCGUCGGAGAUGGAGGUGCAGGGCCAAGCAGGCCGGGAAUGGGGGUCCGUAGGGCCAUGAAUCACCCUGAUCCCUCUGCCGUUGGUGAUGAUUGCUGGGCAUUACUGGAGGAAACUGCAAAGGAAGUGGUGAAUUAUGUCCACCCAACUAUGGACUCUGAGGAGAAGAGGAGUGACAUCACUGAGUUCCUGCAGAAACUCAUUAGAAGCUAUGCUCCCUGUGAGGUUCUUCCGUAUGGGUCAGUGCCACUAAAGACAUAUCUUCCCGAAGGAGACAUAGAUUUAACUGCUGUGAGCGCCCCUGGCUACGAAGAAUCUUUGGCACAUAAUGUGCUCGCGAUUCUGCAGGCACAACAGCAGAAACCAAAUGCUGAGUAUGAUGUCAGGGAUACCCACUUCAUUGAUGCUGAGGUUAAAAUCGUGAGAUGUGUCGUUCAGGACAUUGUGAUUGAUAUAUCCUUUAAUCAGUUAGGAGGGCUUUGCACUCUUUGUUUCCUUGAGCAGGUAGAUCGCCUUGUUGGCAAGAAUCACCUUUUCAAGCGAACUAUUAUGCUGAUAAAGUGUUGGUGCUACUAUGAAAGCCGGAUACUUGGUGCCCUUCAUGGUUUGAUAUCAACAUAUGCAUUGGAAAUACUGGUCUUAUAUAUCUUCCAACUCUUUCAUGCAUCUUUGAACACUCCUGUCGCGGUUCUCUAUAGGUUUUUGGACUACUACAGCAAAUUUGAUUGGGGAAAGUACUGUAUCAGUUUGAACGGGCCAGUUCUGACGUCGUCCCUCCCAGAGAUAGUGGUCGACUUGCCAGAGAAUCGAAGGAAUGAUCUGUUGCUAGGGGAAGAAUUUUUGAUGAAAUGUAUGGAAAUGUUCUCAGUUCCAGCAGUGGUCCCUGAAAGUAACAAAAGGGCAUUUCAGCAAAAACAUCUUAACAUAAUUGAUCCCUUGAAGGAAAAUAACAAUGUCGGCCGAAGUGUUCAUAAAGGUAAUUACUACCGUAUAUGUAGUGCUUUCAAGUAUGGGGUUCGUACGCUUGGACAAAUCCUUUCAUUGCCUCAAGAUAAAGUUAGAGAUGAGGUGAAAAAGUUUUUUUCCAACACCAUCAAGAUGCAUGGACCAAGUUAUUUGGCUAAACUAAAGACUUCUACCUUAAGUAUUGGUGGUGACAGCUCUGUGGCACUGUCUUCACCUUCUCCUGCUGACUAUUUCUCUGAAGAUGACUUACUCUUGAAAUCUCCCACCAGUGAUAGUUCUGAAAUUGAAGAUGAUAAACGUGCUUCUUCAAUCCUAACAAAUGACCCGGGGAAUACAUUGACCAUGGCGGUUUCUUCGGAGAUGGUUUCAGAAAAAGGCUGCAAGGAUGACAAGAGCUCAUGCAACAACGAAAAACCCACUUUCGUUGAUGAGAAAUCGGGAUGUGGUGGUCCAUCAUGCCAACAACCUGAGUGUGACUCUGCUAGCAUAUCGGGCGAUUCAGAAGUUUGGAAUCCUCUGGCAGACCUCACUGGGGAUUACGAUGGCCACAUUAGGAGUUUGCUGUAUGGAAAGUGUUGCCGUGGAUUUGCUGCAACCAUAGCAAUGCCUUCAUCUCCACCUUGGUUUCAUAACAACAAUGGGUUCUUAUCAGUCACUGACAGACAACCCAUGAUGAUGCCUCCUCCUCCCCAGCAUUUUUUCCCCCAAACAAACAUGAAUGCCAUGUUUGUUGUGCCAUCGCAUUCUGCUGUUAACAUUUUACCACCCGCUCCUGUUUUCAAUUUUCCAGAGAAACUGAAAACACGAGGCACUGGAACUUUCUUGCCAACCAUGAUCAAACCUUUCAGGGAGAGAGCUGCAGGUUAUUAUAAGGGAAAGGGGAAAAGCAAAAGCUUCGCUGGCGGCUAUGGGCAGCUUCACAGAAGCACGGUCAGCAAAGGGUGGGUUCCACCACUGCCCAAGGAAACUGUGAACAAAACCAGCAGCAACAGCCGCGGAGAAGUAUCUUCGCCUGCAUUUCGCCCAUAUGCCCAACCUCUUGCAGGUUCUCACAUGAAUGGAGGCCACUCAUGCACACCACCACCAUUCACUUCUGGAUUUGGGUCUCCAAGGCAACACCAUGGCUUCUCACAUGCGGCUUCCUCUCGGUUCGCUCAGAGCAUGCACUGUGCAAGUCCCGUGCGAAGCAGAAACGACAGGUUUGCAGAUCAGACAUUAAUUAUCACACCUGAAGAACAAUGACUUUGCCCCUAAGCUUGCAGACAUGUGUGAAAGUUUCAGGGAAAGAUGAGAGCUUGGUGUGAUGGGUGGGUGAGAAAGAAUCAGUUUAUGCUAACAGAGAGAACAUAGAUAUCAGAUGGGAUAGGCUCUUGACCAGUUCUUCUGUAGAUCAGAGAACUUUAUGUGACACUAUUUAGUAGCAUCUUCUAUUGACUCUUUCUUUUCCAUAUACUGUUUGUUUUUCCUUCUCUUUUUGGAACAAAAAUCCCCCUUCACCUUUUUUUUUAUAAAUAUAUUCCUUCCAUCUUA